AUGCCCUCACUUGAUUCCUCCUCAACAACAACAACGGAGAGAGAAGAUUCGAACAAGCAGCAGCAACAUCAAGAAGAUGAACACGAAUUGGUUGCAUGGACCAUUGCUUCCAUGAAUUCAUCAAGCAGUAAAGAAGGAGAGGGAUUAUUCAUUGUAAAGAAGCAAGAACAAGACUCACUCGGGACCCAUGCUCUUCAUCAAGAAACAACCAUUCCACACAACAAUACUCAACAUGGUACAAUAGAAAAUCAAGCCCCAACAUCCCUCGUUCUAAAUUCUUCACGUGAUCAUCCUCCUAACAAGGAAUCAAGCCAAAUUUUAAGUGCACUCACCCUGAAAAAUUCGAGCCGAAAGCACGUGAUGAGUAGUAGUAGCAGCGAAAGUGAGAGUGCACUGCGGAACCAAUCCAGCAGCAACAAUAGUGGUUCUUUGAGUGAAAGAACCGAUUCCAAGAAGGAUGCUGCUGUCGGUACUCUAUGGAACAGCCCGCCGGCGAGUAGUAGUAUCCUAUCGGCACCUCCAUUUCAUCCUUCCCAUUAUCAUCAUCAUCAUUACGAUCCUCGUUAUUAUCAUUAUUAUUAUCAGCCCUAUUACUAUCCUCCUCCGGCACAACUCUUUGAUUCUCCUUAUCAACACGAUCAACCAUCGAAUCGUAUUGAAGAAACUGCAAAACGAAAAGCAAAUUCGGAAUGUACGCAAGAUGAUGACAGUUACGGAGACAAGAAAUCCAAAAAGACUAAACAUGAAGAAUUCGAACACAAAGAUCCAAAGCAUCGUGUCAUUAACAAUCAUGAUUCUCCUCCGAUCCGAAGCGAUUCAUUGGAUAUAUCGAGUAGUACUGCUGAAGAAAAACCAAAAGAACAGUAUCCGAAUGAUGCAGGCGUGCACGACUCUCAACCACCACCUCUUCCUUAUUAUAACGCAUCAAGCAUGUAUCCGCCACCACCUCCUUUUCCUCCUCCACAUUAUCACAGUGGUCCAAUUUAUUACUAUCAUCACCCUCAACACGCUCCACCACCUUAUCCUUAUUACGGUUACUACUAUCCACCUCCAACAGGAACUGCAAUGUCUCACUAUUAUCCUUCCUAUCCACCCCCACCAUAUUAUUCCCAUGUUCCACAACCAUUUCCUCCUUCGCAUGCAUCACAGCAGAAACCAUCAUCCUCUUCCUCUUCCCAAGAAGAGAAUCAAGCCACACCUACUACUCCACCACCUCCUCAUGCACAACAUCCUCAAUAUUAUACAAACUAUCCUCCACCUCCUUAUUAUCCAUAUCCACCUUCUCAUCAUUUACCACCAUCGAUUCCAACGAGCUCCAAUUUGAAUUCAGAACCCAUACCUGUAGCGACAGCCCCUAUUGUGUGUCACUACUACAGAGCGGAAGAAAAAGAUGCAUCAGCAACAGAAUCCACUACGAGCUCGUCAAAGGAUUCGAACGAGCUACAUACCGUUCCAUCCAUCAUGGGUUCAUCUCUAGGUCAUCAAAUGGUGAGCAGGGUGGAAACACAAAAUCAAUCAUCGACAAUAUUAAUGGAAAUAUUCUCUCAGAACAAAUUUCAUAUUGAAAGUGGGCUUGGUAAAACGACAGACAGCCCAACGGAAUUGUCUCGAAAAAAAAACAUUGAGAAAAAAAAGAAAGUUGAAAUCGAUGAUAAUAAUUUCACAUUAUUUGAAAAACUUCGAGAAGGAGAAGGCAUUUUGUUUAGAAGAAGAAAGAAAGUAUUGACCAAGCACAACAAGACGUUGGACAAGCAACAAAAUGCUGGUGAUCGAAUGUAUGCCCGAUUUCCAAACAUUUCAAAUUGUUGUGGGAUAGCAAAGCAUAUUGCAUAUAAUGGCUCAAGAGCAGGAAAGGGAUAUCAUUACAUUUUAAAAUAUAGACCAACGAGAAGCGAACUUGAGCUAUUUCAAAAGCACAAAGAUGACAACCUGACCAUGCAGAUCGUUUGUAGCAACGAAACAGAAUCCUCUGCAAAUUCUUCAAUAUUCGGCUCGCUAAAGAACUCAAAGUCUAAUGCUCCAUUUAAGGUUUACACCACUAUUGGUGGAGGUGUUAGCGAGUUACCCUCAAAAGUAGUUUUUGACCAAGGUUUGCAAGUGGUGGAAUGUGCUUUUCGUAUUGAGAAGGUUGGAGAGCAGCGAAGAGGAGUAGCAGAUUUGAAUAUGAACUACAAAUUCAUCAUUCGUACUGCCAACAACGAAGAUGCGCUCUCCAACCAUAUGACCGCAGAAGAAACCACCAUUCUCCUAUCGAGUCCAUUCAAGCUAAUUUCCAAGGACAAGCAAGAGGAUCCAUGCACAUCAUCGAAAGAUUGCAUCCGAUCAAGACUUCAUGAAGGCAACAGAAAGGAUUAA